AGGUGAGUCAAAAAUAUAUAAUUUGUUAAAAAAAAUGGUCUGUAAAUUAUAAUUAUAAAUACAAAAAAGUUUAAAAUUGGAUCAUAGAUAACUUUGAUUGUUUGUACUUCAACGUUCAACUUCAACUACAAAGUACAAACAAGUACACAUAAGUGCUUCUGCGAGUAAUCGAUUUUCAGAGUUUCCAAUCUUCGACUCUGAAAAUGGACUCUUACGCUCCUCUUCUAGAAAAAACCCGAAUCCCUCAACCAGCACUUCAAAAACUAGCAGUCAUUUCAAUCUUCUCGAAGCUUCGAUCAUCUUCUAAUCAUCUCAAUUUCGAAUCCGAAUCUGGAAAACGCGCGAUUUUUCAAUGCCUCACUUCAUCUUCUCCUAAUGUCAUCGAUGAAUCGGUUCGUCAAUUAUGCCGUCUUGUUACUGACGGCGUAAUUGAAGUUUCUAAUGGAUUGUUGGAGCUUCAAUCUGCACUUGAAGGAUCCGAUUUGAAGUUUGUGAAUGUUUUUGUUAAGGGUUUGUGUUUUCUUGUUCGGUUUGGUUUUCAGAAGAAUAAUGGUGAUUGGAGCUUCUCUUCCAUUCAUACUCAUCCUUUUGUUAUGAUAUUGUUGUGCCGGGUGGAAGUUCAGUCUGAACUCCUGCAGCAAGUGUUGCUGUUUAUGUUACAAAAUCAGCGGCUGGGUAUGAUACAAGUUUGUGAGUUUUUAAAGCCCCUGUUGGACUUUUCGAUCAUAAGAUUGUUAGCUUCGGAGUCAUCCUCUUCUUCAUUCGGAUUGCAACUGGUAUCGUCUAUGGCAUCCUUCUGUUGCUCAUGUCCAAAUGAGUCCAUGCCUGUUCUUAAGCUGCUAAUGGGAUGCCUUAUGUAUCUUCCACAUGAGACCUCUGAAGACUAUAGAAAAUUAGUAUUCGUUGUAGAACAUAUGGUGGAGGCUUAUAUUGCGGUACUGAAAUCUCUGGCUGGAGAGAAAUUGCUGAUUACUGAGGCUCAACUAUGUGCAAUUGAAUUUCUGGGAACAAUUAUGUCUCUGUUGACAUGUCUUCAGUGGCACUCUAGUGGUCAUGAGCCCAUAAUUGAACUCUCAAGGCGGUUGUUAUCUGUACAGAAAGAUCUUGGGUUGCGAUGGGAGCCUGGUUUGUCAAGGACUAUGGUACCAUUAUUUACGAUCCUUGUUCAAUCAGAACUUGAGCACGAGCAAAUUUCUAUAUCUAAACUCCUCCUCUUAAUCCUUAAGUGGAAAUACGAUAAAGAUUAUGCUAUUGACAGAAAUAUGUCCUCUCCAUUUGAAGAGAUUUUGUUUCUACUUCCCUUUGUAAGCCUCAUGUCAUCUCCUUCUAAAUAUGUGAAAGCAUUGGCCACCGAGUUGCUUCUUCUCUUGGAGAAGUUCCUUGUCAAGAUGUUGGUGGCACCAAAACAUAAAUCAAUCAUUGAGGAGGGAAAUCAUUAUCUUAGCACACCAGGAAUUAUAGUUUUGAGACUUUUGCGACAUUUGUGGUAUCAGGAUGGAGAAUCUUCUUCCAGAAUUUCCCUUCUGAAUAUGGCUUUAAAGGACAUGAAUGAAAGUGAAAUAAUGCCUGAUAAACCAAUAUCUUGGGUUUCUCAUCUAAGAGAGUUCUGUUUGUCAAUUGUUGACCGACGAAAAUCUACAUUGCCUCUCUUGCUUCCUCAAGAAUUAUUUUUGACCGAGACGCCCUUACUCAGUGCUGUCCUCAGUGUUUUAUUGAUACAUCCAUCAAUGGGGGCUGCCGCUGUCGAUUCCUUGUCUUCCAUUGCCGUUAUGGAUCCCAAACUAGGAGUUCCUUUGUUGCUAGAAAUUAUGUUUUACAGUAAUAUAUUCACAAGAAAUGAUAUCAUUUGCCAUGAUAUGCUGCUAAAAAUCUUCGAAAUGCUACCAUCACUUGCUUCACACUCAGCAAUGAUUCCACUUGUGGUUCAAACUAUCUUGCCAAUGCUUAACAAAGAAUCCAAAAUCUCAUUGUAUGCUACGGGAACUCGAUUGCUGUGUCGAACUUGGGAGAUCAAUGAUAGAGCAUUUGGAAGUUUGCAAGGUGUCCUGCUCCCUAAAAGUUUUACUGAUUUCGUAUCAGACAGAGCUAUCUGUAUCAGUUUGGCUGCUUCCAUUCGAGAUGUUUGCCAUAAAAGCCCUGACAGGGGUGUUGAUCUUAUCUUGACUGUUUCGUCUUGCAUUGAGUGCCAAGAUCCUAUAAUUAAAGCUCUUGGCUUGCAAAGUCUUGCCCACCUUUGUGAAGCAGAUGUGAUCGAUUUUUACACUGCAUGGGAUGUCAUUGCAAAGUACGUGCAAGGUUACAAAGAUGAUCCUAUUAUUGCGCACAGCAUUUGCCUUCUGCUAAGGUGGGGUGCGAUGGACGCAGAAGCAUAUCCAGAAGCAUCAAAGGGUGUGCUGCUAAAUCUGUGGGAUUUAGUUACCUCUAGCCAUGGGCCAAAGUGGGAAAAGACAAAAAUAUCAGCCCUGGAGGCACUUAUUCAAUAUGAAGUGUCACAGCUUGAAAAAAGUAUUCCAGAUUUUAAGAAAAUGAAUUUGGAGCUAUUCUUUUCUGAGACAAGCCCCACGGUACUCAAGGUUAUGGAGGAUUUUCAUGUCAAGAUUAUAACAUAUGAACACAUAAAUCGUCGAAGGUUGGUCAAGGGGAAAAGACUUGCAGGAAGUAAAAUUGAAAAGUUGGUGGAUGUAUUUCCACAGGCUAUAUUCUCUUUAGGAAAGAUAAAUGAGGCUAUAGAAUUACCUGGUGCAGCUUUGUUAUGUUUCUCUUUCACUCCUAAAAAUGUGAAUGAACAUCAGGCAUCAAAAAGGCCAAGAUAUGUACAUGCUGCUUAUGAGAAUGCCCUCAAGGAAAUAGCUGCUUCUCUUCACCUCUCGAGAAAUAUCUUGCUUGCACUUAUGGCACUGCAAUCAUGGAAAGACUUCAUGCGGCGUUGGGUGAAGGCUUACAUUCUGUCUUAUGAUGCUAAGGCACAACUGAGUGUCCUAGAUAAAACUUCUAAAGCUGCUACCGAUAUUUUGAAGAGUAUGACAGCAAUAGCGGAUAAGGCUAUACCUAGAGCUGCCGAAAAUAUCGCACUGGCCAUUGGUGCACUCGGUCUGGUUUUGCCUCCAUCUGUUCACACUGUUAAAUCUGCUGCUUCAAAAUUUCUUUUGGAGUGGUUGCUCCAACAUGAACAUGAACACCGGCAAUGGUCUGCUGCAAUUUCUCUUGGAUUGGUUUCAAGUUGCCUUCAUGUAACCGACCAUAAAGAGAGAUAUCAUAACAUCACUGGGCUUCUUGAGGUUCUUUUUGUCAGCAAAAGUUCGCUUGUAAAAGGAGCAUGUGGAGUUGGAUUGGGGUUUUUGUGUCAAGAUCUUCUUACCAGAGUUGAAACUGCUGAUGACUCUACUGUCAAAACUGAAACAGAAAAGGUUCCAGAAUCCAAAUUACUAGGAAGAAUUGUUGGAGCCCUAGCUACAAUGAUACAGCAGAGAACCAAAUGUUCUUUUGAUGUUUUGGAUAGUUUAUGUUCCUGCUUUCCAGUUGAUUAUGAUGUGAAUGCUAACAUAUUUGAAUCGUCAUCCGAGGAUAGUGAAGACUCGGAAGAAGAUAUAUGGGGUGUUGCUGGACUUGUUCUUGGUUUGGCUACCUCCAUCAGUGCAUUGUACAGAGCUGGAGAGUUAGAGACUGUUAUCAAGAUAAAAAACUUGGUAAUAUCAUGGCGUCCAUACAUGAAUUCACUAUUGCAAGGCGGGAAAUCCGAUAUUGUUUUAGCCCUAGGAUCUUGUAUUGCACUUCCCACAAUCGUGACUUUUUGCCAGAGAAUGGAAUUGAUGGAUGAUAAUGAGUUGGACCAUAUUGUGCUUGGCUUUAAAGAGUUUAUUUCUGAGUUAAUAUCUGUGAAAAGGUCUGAUGUUUUGCACCAUAGUUUACUGAUGGCGUCGUGCGUUGGAGCAGGGACAGUAAUUUCUUGUAUACUGAACGAAGGUGUUCACUCUAUUGAGGUUGAACAUGUUAAAUGCUUACUUGAACUAUUCAAGAAAUGUUACUCCAAUCCUUUCCAUUUUCUUGUUCAUCUUGGUGGUAUGCUAGGAGUAGUUACUGCUAUGGGAGCUGGUACGGGGAUUUUGGUCUAUAUGAAUUUUCCAAAUUACACUAGGCAAUCUACUUAUCAGAAGGAGGAUUCUUCUACUGUCAUGGGCCCUCUCCUUUCAAGCUCUGUCAUUGAGCCAUAUUUGACAUCACUGGUGCAAGAAAUGUUUCUUGUGGCACAGAAUUCUGAUAAUCAUCAGCUACAACAGUUUGCUUCCUGGGUACUUGCCUUCCUUCGACAUCAUAUAUGGUCCAAGGAACUUUUGGGGGUUGAUGGUGAUAGUAAUGUGGGUGAAACAAAUUCAAAACCUGUUUCUCAUAAUUUUCCUGAUGACAGUGUGGUUUUGAACCUCAGUUUGUGGCUUAUGGAGUUCAAAUACACCGAGCCAGGUAGUAGUGUACAUGCUGGCACAAUUGUUGCUAUAUUAGGGUGCCUUUCUAGAGCUCCCAGGUUGCCGAGCAUGGAUUGGGGGGGAAUUAUUAGGCGUUGUAUGAGAUAUGAGGCCAAGGUUACUGAGUCAUUAGCAUCAGAUUCUGUUUUUAAGAAAGCAACUCUAAGGGAGGAAUGUGUGCUGUUUGCAAUAGCUCAUGCAAACCAAUUUGAUUCACUAUUAACUUUUCUUGACGAGAUAUCCGACUUUUCCAGAUUAAAGACGCUUGAAAUAAAUUUGCAGUGUUGUCUGCUAGUUCAUCUAGCAGACCUUGUAAAAGUAUUUUCAAGCUCCAGGCUUGAGAAGCUAUUUGGUGAUGUGGGUUAUCACUUGUCUUCAUUGAAUUCAUACAAAGAGUAUGAUACUUACCAGAAAUGCUUGUUGCGCCUUUCAAGCUGGAAGGGACUCUGUGAAUGCCUGGACGAAGUUUCUGUCGACACUUCGGGUCACAUAUCCCAUGUUGAGAGAUGCAUGGAGGUUCUAUUUACCUUAUUACCAGUUGUGAAAUCUUCUUGCAAUGUAGCGUCAGGGGACACAAGUUCUGUAGAGGAAUGGUCUGAGGCUGUAAGAUGCUUAGGGAAGGCUCCACAGGGUUGGUUAUUGGAUUUCCUGAAGGUUUCACAAGAGGAGUUUGUUCAAAGUGCAUCCAAAUCUAUUGAAGUCCAAAACAAGGUCCAUGCUAAGAUCAAGCUUGUGAAGACCGGUUCUCUUCCACUAAUUGAACUAGGAAAAAUGAAAUCAAACAUAUUGAACUCCAAAACAGAAGGAUUCUGGGAUAUUCUCUUGGAAGUUGCCGCUGUUUUAUACCAUGCAGAGAUAAGUUUCAAAAGACAGUGGCUUAUUGAUGCUCUUGAAAUUAGCUGUGUAUCCAGUUUUCCUUCUACGGCACUGCAGUUUCUUGGUCUGCUAUCUGCUACCUGCUGCAAAUAUAUGCCCUUUAUGAUUGUGGACCAACAAACGGUACUGAAUGAUCUACCAGUCACACUUGUGUCUCUUCUAGCAGAUAGAAACUGGAAUUCUGUUGCGGAAACUGUUGUUUCUCAUCUCUUUUCAUCGACAGAACGUAUAUAUGAUUGGACAAUGCACAUAGCAAAUGGCUCUUACGAUCAAGGUUCACAAACCAUUGAUGAAAGUGAGAAUCAUAUGGCCGAUUUUCUCCUGCAAGUGAUGCAUCAUACAUGUGUGUUGUUAAAAGGGCACUUGCCAUUAGAUAAGCAGCUUAAGCUUGCCAGCAUGGUUGUUGCUUGAAAGAAAAUUUCUGAUAAUUACAUUACGUUAGUCGGAAGUUUGUCGCCAUAUAUCAUUUGCUUAGAGGCAAGCGAACAUCAUGAUGCCAAGUAAAACGUUCCAAACAUGGAGUAGUGGAAAAUGUUCCGACCAACAUGACUUGGUCAAAGAUUGUGUAAUACACUCAAAAAAUUUAUUUUGGGAACUAGUUAUCCGGUUGAAGAACGACUAAUCGAGACUAAUUGCAUUGUCCACUAGCAGUAAUACACACAAUUUGAGAAGUGGGGUUGAGCACAGAAGCAGCUGUAGAUAUUUUUUACUUGUCCAAUUGAGUGAAAUUAACAUUUUGUUUUCUUAGACAAGCUUAUGUUGUAUAUUAGUGCUACCGUUGGCAUUACUUGCAAAGAUGUGUAAUGCAUUUCAGUUAGGUUACAAAGGAAGAAAAUUUAGUAUAUUUAGCUUAUGAAAUGAUGAUUUUAGAGUUGA